AUGCGACUCCCGGACACCGUUCACGCCUGGCAGUGCGAGGUCCGGGCAGAGGGCAUCGCAAACGCGAAGCUGGGCGAUAUCAAAGCUGAUGGGCAUUUCUCUGGUUCCACGAUUCCCCACAGAGCCUUUCUCCAACUCCGCGCUGUCUGGCUUGAGCCGAAGGAGGGCGCAGCUGCUCCAGCCGACCUCGAGACCGCCGGCUUCUUCAACCGCACCGACAGAGAUCUGGCCACAUCCUGUCUCGACGCGAACCAUUCGCGGUUUGGAAACUUCAUCGCCACAGUGGAAGCAUCUAACCAUGACCGACGUCCUCAAGACCCGUUUCCGGUGACUCCAUCGCUGGGCAAGGCCAGGCUGGGAUCUCCCUCCCAGGCGGACGACCUGGGCAUGUUCGGGCCUGCCUUUACGUCGUGGCAGCGGUUGAAGCCCAUCGGCAAGACUCAAGGUCCGCCUAAGGGAAUGCCGAACUUCACACCGAAAGUCACGAUAAGAUUUGAAUCCACGCUUCAAGAAAACCUCUUGCUGCAGCCGGUAUCCCGUUUGGACUUGACCGGAGCCAAGUCGCAGCUGCCACCACAGAAUGCAGAGGAUCUCAUCGAAGACAUUUUUGCAAGCAUGUCUUUGAGCGAAACCAGUUUCGACAUUGACACUCCGUCCAAGCCCCCACGAGGUGGCAGGCCAGGCGCAACAGGUCAACGAGAACAGCCGGUUCCAGCGAUGCCAGCGAUGGAGGGCGGAGACCCAGCAGAGCCCCCGAACGAGAGGGUGGACGCUGUUCCAGUGCUUGAGCUCGCAGACUCGGAUGCGCCUGCGCCCCUCGUUCGCCUCCUCAGGACAGAGUAUGAAGUGCAGACGUCCCAUUUCUUUGUCACGUAUGCCGACACGCUUCUCGGCCACGCCCUCUCGAUAUCGUUUUCAAACCACCUGUCCAUCGUGCCGGAAGAGCAACGGUAUGGAUUCGGCAAGGCCGCCAUCCCGCCCGUCCGAGAAGGGGAGGCAGCCGCGCCGUCAUCGUCCGGGACUGGAAAAAAAAGACCGUAUCUAUUCGUGGCCUGCCCCGAUGGUGCCGCCUACGUCAACCUAGGCCCCAGGCUCCGAAAGGCAUUUUUGCACUUUGAGCUAAAACCGUUCCGCAGAGAUGGGUCAGCGAAAGCAUUGAAUAUUUGCCGUGAGGAGACGGCCGAGAUGGCGGCUAUUUUUUACCAGGAAUACUGUAGCGACCAGGCCGACAAACCGUAA